AUUCUUCUUCAAACAAUGUCGACAAUACACCAAAAUCACUAUAUCCAUUCUUCUAUUACUUGAUACAGAAGUUUCAUCUUCCGUUCUCAAAACCCUUAACUCAGCGAGAACACAAUGCCGUCUUCUUCCAACACCGCCCUUUUCUUCGCCGCAACAAACCUCCACAUGUCCUGGCGAGAAACUCUCCUCGGUUUAAGUCUUUUCUAUGUCGUUUGCAGAUUCCGGUUCAAAGCUUUUCUUCUUCAUCGAUUUAUUUAAUUCGGGUGGGCAGUGUUUUGUGAAUUGUAAAAAUCAUCAACGAGUGACCAACGAUGAUGACACAAUCACCAAAGCCUCCACUUCUGUUUGGUUAUCCUUAAACCGGUACAGACAGUCAACUACUGCACAUGGACGGCGACAGAAUCAACACUUGUCCUCCGAACCAAGCAAUCUCCUGCCUGAUCCCUCAUAAACUCUCCCAACCGUGGCUUCGAAUACCUUACGCCGUUUGUUCUCGGCUCGGACCCGAAGACCCACCCCAAUCAUCCCACUGACCCGGCUGGAAAUGAACCUUUUCCGGUUCUGCUCCGGUCUGAAAGUCCUCGGCUAUUUCAUGAUCCUUCUCGUCUUCGCCGUCGUCGCCGUUUCUUACAACGCCGUUGUGGUCAACACAUGGUGGCCGAUCUUAAUCGAGAGCAGCCAUGGAGCUCUCUCAGCUCUCGCCUGCCUAAUCAUCUCUCUCUUCCACUUCCUGCUGGUGAUGUUGUUGUGGAGCUACUUCACUGUGGUCUUUACGGAUCCAGGUUCUGUUCCUGAGCAUUUCAGAAGAGAGCUUGGCGACGGUGAGAGUAGUUUGGAGGCUGGUACUUCCACAGAUCAUGGAGCUUUUGGUUCUUUAGGUUACUGUCCUAAAUGCCGGAAUGUUAAGCCUCCUCGUUGCCAUCACUGUUCUGUGUGUCAAAGAUGUGUUCUGAAGAUGGAUCAUCACUGUGUUUGGAUAGUUAAUUGUGUUGGAGCGCGCAAUUACAAGUUUUUCCUUCUUUUUCUGUUGUAUACAUUUCUGGAGACAAUGUUGGAUGUUGUAGUGUUGCUUCCUAGUUUCAUAAAGUUCUUCAGCCAAGCUAUAAAGCAUUCCUCUUCACCGGGUAAACUGACCUCCCUCGUUCUGGCUUUCGGUGAAUUCUAUCAUCCCCUUGAUGCAGUUCUUAACUUAGCGUUCGUUCUCAGCCUUCUCUGUUUCGUAGUCAUGCACAUCUCACUUCUCUCGACCAACACUACUUCAGUCGAGGUUCAUGAGAAAAACGGAGAUGUCAGAUGGAAAUAUGACUUGGGAAAGAAGAAAAACUUUGAGCAGGUUUUUGGGAAGAAGAAAGCAUUUUGGCUCCUCCCAUUGUACUCUAAAGAUGAUAUCCAAAACAUAACUUCGCUCCAAGGCCUUGAGUUUCCAACUCGUUCUGACAUCGAUCCUUGAAUUGAAACAUCAAACAUGGUUGUAAAGUUAGUUCUCAGCUUUAAAGUUAGUUCUCAGCUUUCCCUCCAAUGUAGAUAACUGUCCUCUCAAAAUGUAACCUGAUCACAUUGUUGUGAAUUUGUGAUAGUGAGUGUUGAUUUGAUUCA